AGUUCCAGUUAUAUGAAAUUGAUAUUGUCAAAAUCUUAUUUGUCAAACGUCAAACAUGAAAAAAUUUGCAGUGAAGAUCCUUACUUAAACAAUGCUCAAUAAUAAUAACAAAUCGUUUAAAACAGAACGAGAUAUUAAAGACAGCUAUUUAGACGCAGUAAUAAGAAAGGGGUUAGAUUCGAACAUAGUACCCCAUUCACUCUUUAAGACAGAACUGCAAGAAAUUGAAGAUAAAUAUUAUCAAGAAGUACGAAAUGAACGAUUAUAUCGUCUAUCAAAACCGACAAGUGUUAAUAAAAAAUAUAAGCGACCGUCAUCUCCGAAACACAUUGUAGCUGAGUCCGCUUUAAAAUACAAAGCAACAGAUCGAAUUAUAGCAAUAUCAAAGCCAAAACGGUAUAAUUCGGCCCCUAAAGGAGGAAUCACCCCGGGUUCAGUGUCGCACCAAGCUUUGGAUCAUUUGACGACCAAUAAAGAAUAUGAACUCUCCAUUCCACGAUCGCGUAAAUCACCGUUCGGUGUUGAUUUUAAACAGAAUCCUUUUUCACCGUCAAAAGCAGCAAUGAGAUAUAUAGCAUCACCUAGAAUUAUUGAGUUAGCUAAACCGAAUGAUAGAAGGUAAUUAUUAUAAUGUACACAAGAAAAAAUAAAAAUAAAUAAAAAUUGGAAAUAUAAAUAAGUAAA